AUGCAAGAGUCAGGGGCUGCAAGUCAGGGGCUGCAAGAGUCAGGGGCUGCAAGUCAGGGGCUGCAAGUCAGGGGCUGCAAGAGUCAGGGGCUGCAAGUCAGGGGCUGCAAGUCAGGGGCUGCAAGUCAGGGGCUGCAAGUCAGGGGCUGCAAGAGUCAGGGGGCUGCAAGAGUCAGGGGGCUGCAAGAGUCAGGGGCUGCAAGAGUCAGGGGCUGCAAGAGUCAGGGGCUGCAAGUCAGGGGCUGCAAGAGUCAGGGGGCUGCAAGAGUCAGGGGCUGCAAGAGUCAGGGACUGCAAGAGUCAGGGGCUGCAAGUCAGGGGCUGCAAGUCAGGGGCUGCAAGAGUCAGGGGGCUGCAAGAGUCAGGGGGCUGCAAGAGUCAGGGGGCUGCAAGAGUCAGGGGGCUGCAAGAGUCAGGGGGCUGCAAGAGUCAGGGGGCUGCAAGUCAGGGGCUGCAAGAGUCAGGGGGCUGCAAGAGUCAGGGGGCUGCAAGAGUCAGGGGGCUGCAAGAGUCAGGGGGUUGCAAGAGUCAGGGGGCUGCAAGAGUCAGGGGCUGCAAGAGUCAGGGGCUGCAAGAGUCUAA